UUUGCUUCCUCGAGAAUCGUUCUUGCAAGCGGCGAUUGACGGCGUUGGGGCCGGUUGGAGGGGAACGGGCUUUCUCGAAGAGCCGGCCUUGAUCCGAGAUUCGCAAUUCCAUCGACAUCGGCAAUUUAGUAUGUAAUUGUCCAAGGCAUCAAGCGGAGGACUCCCCCAGCCUUGAAGUGACUUCUUGUUUAACAGAGAACCCUUAUUUUUUAAAGAAACAACUUUCACACGGACACAUAUCUCAGACAAUCGUGUCUCUGUGAGUCAGUGGGUUGACGUUUUGUAGCCAAAUUUGUAUAGCUGUUCCUCAUUAUCAUCGGUCGUGUUUGCUGUCCUUGUCCACAACUCUGACUGGAGCCAUUACGUCGACAUUGCCUUCCUCGCGUAUGGUAUGGAGGUGUCUCUUAUGGUUGUCAGUUUGGAAGUGUGACAUCAGCAGCAAGUUCGGACUUGAAACGGGUCAUUUUUCCUCCUAUCUCCUUUCCCCUGGUUUGUUGUGUCUGCUCUGCUUUGAGCCGGUGAACGUAGAAAUUGGGUGGUGUGGACACAUGCAUGAAGAUCGCUUACGAGGCGAGUUCCAUUCAUCAUCCAAACAUUGGUCGUUCACGAAAAGGCCAACUCCAUGCGACUACACCAACAUCGACAACUACUUCGUGCUCCCUUUGACAGUAGCCGCUUGAAAGUUGGUGCAUGUGUUGUUGAUAUCGUUGUUUGAGACUGCUGUGCUGCAGUAUUCCGUGUGUGUGUAUGUAUGUGAUUCAAAGGUAGAAGAAGUUUAUCCAAGAACAAAAAGUCAUGCUUGAUCAUUACUCAAACACUGGAGGGUCUUUCAUCAUAGCGUCGUUCACUCGGUCCCGACAGGUCUGAAUGAGUUACCAGAACCACCGGGCAAUGUUGUUGUUGCUCUUGGCGUCCUCUUCCGUGUCUCUUGCCCCGGCCUCGCUUCAGUGUAUGAUCAUGGAUGGCCAUUGUCCGUAAUGGAAGGCUUAGUUCGUCUUAAAUUAUUGGCCCUUUGUCCGAAACCGUUCCAUUAUGACGGUCCUGGAGUGACCUUCAAAUCAUGAGCGUCUGCCAACACUGUGGGCAUGUCAAGCAAUCUGUAAACCGUUUCCACCCCACCCACCCCCAGUCCGCAGCACUCUUCCCCAAGAGCCAAAGCAACGUCAACACUGGAAGAAAAUAACAAGAACAACGCCAACGACAUGCAUUUGCGGGAGGUGGUCAGCGAGGACGAAGAAUAGAUCACCAUAAGCUCCCAUUGUUCCGGACUCCAAUCCAAUUUCGGUCCGUGUGUGGCCAGAGCAUAAAAAGACAUAUCUUCACAAAACAGUUGUAAAUUAUUGUCCACUCACUUUGUCCGUCCGUUCUCCCCGAGAUGGUCGUGGUGGAGCAGUUCCUUCGAGUAUCUCGACUCUCCUCAUUCGACCAUGGUCUCAUUGGGUGACUCUAAUAUGGCAUGUCCAGUCGACGCCCAUAACAAGAAGAAGAGAAGGACGACCUCGGAAACGACAGGUAUGUCGACCAAAUGGUUGGAGUAGCCAUCCUCCAUUCACCUCUCGUGGAGCUGUAAUUUCGCCCGGCGAUGAAUUAUGACAUGCCUGCCUGUCCUCCUUCUCCUCGUGCUUCUCAUAUUGUCGUCUUUUACUUUGGCUUGUCCCACUUCUGAAUUACCCAAGUGGGAUCAUUGUUGUUCAAAACGGGACGAUAACCCACACCCCACAUAUUAAUAGUACGUAGUACGCAUGUCGCCAUCCAUCGAAAGUCUGGUAUUCCACUAAAGAGCCCAGUCCCUGGAUCCUUCUCGAACAAUGGGAAGACGCUGAGGCCAAGGACCACAAAUCUUCAGCCUCCCCUUCUUCUCAAGGCGAGGGGACCUCCAUUCAAGGGCGGAAUUUGCUCAACAAGUUGAAUAGAAAAGUUGGACGAGGAGAAAAACCGACGGCCGAUUUUUGCCCUUCCCUCCUUGGUGUUCUUUCUCAUUCGAAGUUGCCAAGGGGUGUUCUCCCACUAGAGACAUUGCAAGAAAAAGAACCCCCCUGAAAAAUUAACCAAACUUGCCCCCCCCCAAGUUCUCAUCAGGUCCAUGACGAGCCAGUGGAACAUCUUGUUUAGGGCAAAACCGAAUCGGUACCGUAUGUUGUGCCAUCGUAAUUGAAGACAACCAAGACCCUUCAGGCCGACCCGAUCAAGAAUUCUGACUGAGGCGCCCAGUACAAUAACUGAGACAAAAGGGGACAAGACAAACACGAAUAUGUUCUCGAGGAUGCUUGGGCCAUCCCGAUCUGUGGGUUUAUUGGGAUAUAGCCUGGUGACUUUUUUCUUUUUCACGUCAAACGACAGUCUUCCCGAAACAAAAAAAAAAUAACCAACAUUGAAUCUGGUCAUAGAUGUCGUUCGUGGACGGAUUCUAGAGCGCUGACUUGGAGGACCGUUCAAGAAACUUUUUGAAUAUCCAGACUGGAAUCUGAGAAACCCUGGGUGGCCUCAAGUCUACGAAACGGUCUGCAAAACAAGUGGUUUCAUAUUUCCAAGACCACCGUUAAUCCUUCCAGGUCUUUGGUUCUACACCCAGCUAAUCCCUUUUUGGGCGGCAAAAGUUUGGAGGGCUAAUUCUCUGAGAUCACAAUGAGGCCUUGGAGCAGACGGUCCGGAGGGGCCUGUCAAUCUCUGACUUGAUUAAGGCCUUCAUGUUCCGCCUUGAGAAUGCCCUCUGUUAGGUCGGUCACCUAACAGCCAUUGAUUCAUUCAUUUGUCAUCAGUGGUUUAUUCGCUUACUAACCAGAAGUCGCCCAGAACCAUGCCCAUGGAGCAUAGAUAUGAGGAGUUGUCCGGCGUCUUGGCGGCAGCGGCCGAAUCCACUGAUUCCGGUUCGGACCUUUUCUCGGACGACGAAUACGGCUUGCUCAACAUUGCCAAGUUCGCCGUGCACGAGUUCCAAGCCAACGGGUCCGUGGACACGAAUGCCUCGACCCCGAAUAUCGUGACGGCCUAUCCCAGUUCGUACUCUCAAUUCCAAAUCAUUUUCCUAGCCCUGAUCAUGACGGUCAUGAUGGUGUUGAUCCUGGUGGGCAACAUGCUGGUGGUGAUCGCCAUCGCCACGGAGAAUAACCUCACGUCCAUUCAGAAUUGGUUCAUAGCCUCAUUAGCCGUGGCCGACAUGCUGAUCGGCCUGGUGGUGAUGCCGUUCUCACUGUCCUACGAGCUCAUGGGCUACUGGAUGUUCGGAACGCUUUGGUGCGAGAUCCACGCGGCCAUGGACGUGUUCAUGUGCACUGCCUCCAUCAUGAACAUUUGUUUGAUCUCGUUGGAUCGCUAUUGGUCGAUCACACGGGCCAUUGACUACUUAAACGCCCGGACGCCUAACAAAGUGGCUUUGAUGAUCGUGACCGUGUGGCUGCUCUCGGGAUUGAUCUGUAUUCCGCCCUUGUUGGGAUGGAAAGCGGAUGAGGACCUUGAUUGGUUCUUUGAAGUCCUCGACGAGCAAGGCAACCGAACCCAGUUGGAGUUUCUGCAAUAUUUGGAUCACUCGGGGAAGAUGGAUUUGAACAAUUUCACCGACACUCUCGAGCGAGUGGUCUAUCCUCAAUGUGGGCUGAGCCAAGACCUCGGCUACGUGAUGUAUUCAGCCUUUGGAUCGUUCUACAUACCAAGUUGUAUCAUGGUAUUUGUUUAUAUCAAGAUCUACUACGCCGCCCGGGAGCGGGCCCGCCGGAAUAUCAAGAUCAAGAAGAAGUCUCGACGGAAAAGUAACCGACCAAAACCAGCCAAUAUUCGCCUUCCACCCCCUUCCACCCCGUUGCCUGGGUCGUCAGGCUCCUCGAUGGCCAACACUCCCGUGGUGGGUAACGGAAGUGCAAGGGUGUCCUUACCGACCAUCUCGGGUGGUCACUUGGAAAAUGAAAGAUCAGAGGCGUGCACGCCCAGAUCCACAACGGAUAACAAUAAUGUUCCAGCCAGAAAUCAGAGCAAAUCCCUGGCUACAUCGUCCUCAUCACCCAUGGUGUUGCAGAGUGCCCUCAAGCGGAACGGCUCCAAGCCUGAGAAAAGGACGCGAUUUUCUUUCGGUUCCACGGAGAACCACAGACCUAGUGACUCAGGCAGUGAGCAAAGUGUGAACAAGUUGAACGAAGAGGAGCAUCAGCUGCUUCAAGACUCGCAACGCCCAGGUGACGAGGUGUCAUACCAUGAAAACGGAGGCAAGAAAUACCCACCCCAUCCCAAGGGCAAAAAGAUGGUCCACAUUCUAAGCGCCGUGUCCGUGUCCUUGAACGAUGCUCCUCUCAGUCUCUGCGACACCCCAACCCCUUGUGAUACUCCCACUUCCACGGGUAUUCCUUCACCCGGUCCAGGCCACGCCUACGGGGCAUGCAUCGGCAAUGGGAUGCGAUCACGUCGAUCCAUAGGCGUGUCCACGAGACCUGAUGACAAUAGUGAUAAUGAGAACAGCGAAGCUGGCGAUCGCAGUAGUAACAGCGAUUCGGGCAAAGUGCGUUGUCUCAAGCUGCGCAGUCGCUUUCGCGCCCCCCAACACGGACGCAGACCAAGUAAGGAAACACGUGAAAUGAUUGACACCGGCAAGUUGCGAAAAAUUCACAAGGCUGCGUCCGUGUCCUCGUCCUCAUCGUUUGGCGGGGGUGGGAACAAGGGCCACAAUACCGCGAAGCUUUCACUUGACAAACCUCCCAAGAAGUCCAUCCUGAGUAAGAGCCCAACACCGAGCUCCAAAGCCUCUCCCAUAUCUGGGAACGGGAUGUCCGUUUCCAUAAGUGGACCAGGGGGGACCACCGUUGCCAUGAUGCCCACACCUCUGCCUCCACGGCCUACGGAGUCCGAGGCCGAGAAAGAGAAGAAACGCGUUGCCCGGAAAAAGGAGCGUCGAGCCACCCUCAUUCUAGGACUCAUUAUGGGGAGUUUCAUCGCCUGCUGGUUACCAUUCUUCUUCCUGUACAGCAUCAGCCCAGUGUGCCCAAUCUGUGAGGAGGCUCCGGAUUCACCUUGUUGCGUCCAGGGUUGGGGUUUCUCGUUUGCUUUCUGGCUAGGCUACAGCAAUUCAGCCCUCAAUCCGGUGAUAUACACGAUCUUCAACAAGGAUUUCCGACGUGCAUUCAAACGAAUCUUGUUCAAAUAGGGCUGGUCAUUAUGGCAAGUCCUGAAAUACCGAGCUGGGAUCACCGGUGAGCAGGUCACGGUAAUAAGUGGAACAUGUAUUGAAAAGUGGUCAAAAGUGGCACGAAACCCCCCUCUCCAUUCACGACGACAUCUUAAAAUACUUGGCUGUGAAACUCUAUUUUGUUACUUCUUCCCAACAACGAAACAAAUGGGUCGGUGGAUCACGUUCCAAACUGAUGCUCUCUAAAACCUUUUUGAAGUCUUGAAAAUUGUUCACCUUUGACCGUAUGUAACAUUUGCAACAACCGUGUGUCGCUAUUCUUCGUAACCGAGAACAUUCGCUCAUUCUUCGUCCCUUUUCUUACCCUCGACCACAAGCGAGGUAUUCAUUCAUACAAAACACGCUUCUUUUACGGCCUUUGUUUUUCCUCAUUGGCUCACGUAAAUGAUCUUCUGGCUCGUCGGGUCAUUGACUAUCUUCCUUCUGCCUUAAUUUUGGCCCUCCUCGAGAAACAAUCACGCAUACGAUUUCCAUUACUUUGCUCCGCCGCUGAUCCAAACUCAAAGAAAAAUUGGCCCCCUAGUCAAAGUCACACUCCUGACGGUAAAAUUAUGAAAACAUGAUGUUUUAG